AUGGAUCAGCUACAAAACAAUCAACUAUGGUGGCAUGGUCCUAGUUGGUUAUCGAAACCGAAAAACGAAUGGAAAAUUGACGAAAAAUUUGUGAUAGCGGAAUCAAAAUUUGAAAAUACUGAGAAAGAUGUAGAAACGAAGAAAAAUGAACCAUUGUUAAAAUCUGAAGAGGCGCCUGCUUUAGGUUCAGACAAUAAUUCUCCUUGCGGAAUUAAAAGUGAAAAGUACUCAUCUGCAAUCAAGCUGUUCAGAGUUACAGCCCUUGUCUUACGUUUUAUCAAAAGGAUAAAGAAACAGAAAUGUGAAACUGAAUCGAUUUCAAGUGAUGAAUUGUUACAUGCCGAAAAUUUGUGGAUAUUGCAUUUACAGAGAAAGUGCUAUCAAGAUGUGUACGAGUCGAUAACAAACGGUAAAAAAUGUACCAUAAAGCAACAGCUUGGAGUAUUCAUAGAUAAAAAUGGUCUGCUUAGAUGCAGAGGCAGGCUUGAAAACGCAAAUAUUAGCGAUGCAGCCAGAUAUCCUAUCCUUUUACCAAAGAAAGAUCAUUUUACACGUUUAAUCAUAGAACGCGCUGAUAAACAGCAACUUCAUAGUGGAUUAUCUCAAACGUUGAGUGCUGUGCGAUAUAAAUUCUGGAUUCCCAGUGGGCGUGCUACUGUGCGCAGUGUGAUACGACAAUGCAUACUGUGUCGGAAAAUCGAGGGCGGUGCGUACAAGAUGCCGCCAAUGCCUCCGUUUCCGAAGGGACGUGUUACGGAGGCGGUCGCAUUUGAAAGGACAGGUCUCGAUUAUCUGGGACCCCUCAACAUAAAAACCUCUGGGGAAUAUAGAAAGGUAUGGGUCUGCCUAUUCACUUGUUUAGUAACUCGUGCAGUACAUUUGGAGACAGUACACGAUAUGUCAACAGAAGAGUUCCUAUUAGCGUUACGUCGAUUCAUUGCGCAACGGGGAUCACCAAUGGAAAUAAACAGUGACAACGCAAAACAGUUCAAGUUAGCCAGUGACACAAUACAUUUAAUCUGGCAAAACACUAUCAAAAGCGAUGACGUGCAAACGUAUGUAUCAAAUCAUGGAAUAAAAUGGAAUUUUAUUGUCGAGCGAGCCCCCUGGUAUGGAGGUUACUGGGAAAGACUUGUGGGACUUGUUAAACGAUCAUUACGCAAAUCUCUAGGACGUAGAUCAUUGACUGAUAUUCAGUUACAGACUGUUAUCAAAGAAAUAGAAAGUGUCAUCAAUUCUAGACCACUUUUAUAUGUGGACGAUGAUAUAAAUUCUAACAUUACGUUAACACCAGGACAUUUUCUGACACUGAACCCACGUACGGGCAUACCUGAAGCGGAUUACGAUGAUAAUGAUCCAGAUUACGAACCAUACGAAAGUUCAACGAAAAAAUUGUUAAAACUGUGGAAUAAGGGACAAAAACUUUUGAAUAAUUUUUGGGAAAUUUGGAAAAAAGAAUACCUCAUAAGCCUUCGUGAAAGGACUCAGUCGGAAUUAAAAUCACACAGAGUGCAGUCAAGUUUUAAACCUAGUGUUGGCGACGUAGUUCUGAUUAAAGACGAUUUGCCACGAGGAUUAUGGAAAAUGGGAAAGGUGAUUAAACUAAUAAUGUCGAAUGAUGGACAAUACCGAUCAGCCAAAGUAAAUUUGUCAAAUGGUAGAACAAUUGGUAGAACACUAAACCAUUUAUAUCCAGUCGAGGUAUCCGAUGACCAUAAUUCAACGGAACAAACAAAAUUAUCAAAACCAGUACUAAAAACACCAAAACAGACAGAACAAACGCGUCCCAAACGAAAAACAGCGAUUAUGUCAAGAAAAAGAAUACAGGAAUUAAUUGCUAAUAAACUGAUUAGUUAA